AAUGAGCAUUGAGCCGCAGCUCUGAACACUACAUAUCCCGUCAUGCCACGCGGCUGGGCGGAAGGAGGUAACCGCGCGGUGUCAUUGGCGGCCGGAAGUGAGGCAGUUGCCAAGGAGACGGGACGCGAGAGCGCGAUGGUUCCGCUAGUGAUGGUUCCGCUAGUGAUGGUUGUGCUGCUGUGGGCCGGUGGGGUUGGGGCUGCGGCCGGGGUGUCUGUCUGUACCUGUGACCUUUCCCCUGGCCUGUGUGACCUCAACUGCUGCUGUGACCCCGACUGUUCCCUCAGUGACCCCACAAAUGUCUUCUCCUUCUGCCUCCCAGGCAGCACCAAGCUACAGAGGUGGAGCUGCCUCUCCAGCUGGCUCAUGUUUCGUAGCAACACCCCAUAUCCCACCUCCAAUAUUGCCCCUCUCACUCCUGGAUCCCCAGCUCUCUUCUGUGUCCUGCCAACUGACUCCACACUGAAUUACUUUAUGAGCCCACAGACAGUCAGUUUGGGGGGUUUCUCAGCAGUAAGUGGCCAGUACAGUGGGGCGUCCUUCUCUCCUGUCUCUGAGAGUAACCCCACUGUUCCUUCCUUCUAUAAGGCGGGGGACCCCAUCUUCACAAUCUCCCCAAGUGGAACAUUGGGGCAACUCAGACAGCCGACAGCAGUAGGACAUUCAAACAUCUGCUCCUUCAGCAACUCUGCAAGGUUCCUACAGAGUGUCACCACCUCUUGCCUCAGAGUCAUAAACAGUGUGAGUGGGAGCUGCCUCACUGACCCCACACUAAGCUCUGAGUACUUCUACAGGAACAUCACAGUUAUUGGGGCCAAUCCAACUGGAACUGUAAGCGCAAGCCAACGUGUCCCCAUAAUUAGUUUGAUGACAGACACCCCAAUACUGCAAGGGAACACCUGUAACAAUGUUGUGGCCCAGGUGAAUUACACGCUGCGCUACAAUGGAACAGGUGAAAUAGUGAGUGUGACAGUCAGUUUCACUCUUAUCAAUGUAAGUGGCCCCAGUGUGUCGUUGGUGCAGAGUUUCGGGGUGCUGUAUGAGUCCGUCUCCUCCGUGACCCCUGGGACUGUGAGAAGUGGGAACCCUGGGUAUCUCGUGGGACUCCCUGUUCUGACUGACGCCGGCCCCCUGUUGGUGCCACGGUCACUAGGAGGUUCCUGCUCUAGUAGCCCCGUGGGAUUUGGGGUGAAUACGCUGAGUGGGUGCACUAUAAGGGCCCAGGGUGCAGAAAGCUGCGGGGAUGUCAGUAACAGAGCCCACUCCUUACUCCUUGGUGCCAACGUACCCCAGGCUGUGGCUUCUUUUGGGAACGCGGUGGCAAGUCAGAGUGGGCAGUGGGUGCCCAUCAUUUAUCAGAACUGCAGCACUCAGCCCCCCGGAAACUGCACCAGUUGCCCCCUGCCAGUGUCACUCACUAUCCAAAUCCUGCACGCGAGUGUGGGGCAACUCUCCAACCCACAGUCUCAGGUACUGGGAGUCCGAUUCCACUACAGCUGCCAACUGGUCCAGUGCCAAGAUACCACCAUUCUACAAACCCAGGUCACUUUCAGUGAUGUGACUCAGCGUGGGCCUCCUCCUCGCUCUUCUGCCCCGGGGCACCUGCACCAUUGGGCUUCAGGGGCAAAUAAAGGCUCCCUCCUGGCCCUGGUACUUGUGGGCUAUUUGCUGCAACUAUAGGCCACGCCCCUGUAAUUUCUGCUUGUCCUGCAGGAGCCAAGGGACUCUAGAAGACUGGGGUUGCUCCAGGCGUAAGAAAGGGGUGGGCCAAGUGUAUGAAAGAGGCGGGGCCAGACUGGACCAUGGAAUGUAGAAGACAGAUUACCCACAAGCCACAGCGCCCACAUUUUUCUAUAAAGACUGAGAUGUUUUUCACAAAAUUAAUUUGAUAUUUUUGUACCUAAUAAAUCCCACGAGAAAUGUGA